AUGCUCUUGACAUAUUCCCACUACGCCCAGGUCCAGCAGCCCCAAUAUCAAGUCGACAUGGAGGCUGGCGACUUCGAUCACACGCCCGCCCCCAGCGCCCGCGCUUCCCUUACCAUGCUGAGGCCCGAAGAAAGCCACGAGACAGCUGAUAUACCCGAAAUACCCGCUGCCAGGAGUGCUGCAUUUAGACACCACCUGCUGAAGACUUCAAGCAGCGGCCCGACCCUUGUCGACAGAGACUUGCCCGCGCCACCGGUGGUCAGUCGAUCUCCCCCUAUCAAGACGCCCUGCCUAUCGUCCACGCCAGAGCUCGAAAAUCGAGGCGUCGUCCCGAGCAGACCUGCAUCCGCGCUUCCCCGGCUAAGCUCCGCUGCCGUUCGACAAGACAAGAUACUAGUUCCUUCGUCCCCAAUACGGCCCAACGACCGAGAGCGUGUUAAUGCUGCUUCCCUGCACGACUACGACACACAUGCCGACACACACCAUCCUGGGCUGCUGGAGGGUGCCGAUUUCUUAUCCGAUAUUUCCAUGAUAAGCGGUGAGAUGCAUCGGGUGCUGUCCAGUGGUGAUGUUUCCGUCACCGAAGUGACAGUACCUAUCCACCGUCACAAAGGUCACAGCAUUGCAGUCAAAGUUCGCCCAGCUUUCUCCUACUAUCCUUCACAUCAUCCAGUAACUCUUGGAGGACUUAACUAUCGCCGCUCUGCCAACAAGGUCCAGACGUUUGACUCAGGUAUCGAUGGCCCUGAGCUUACAGUAAGACCAAACAGAGAUGAUGUUGAAAACUACACAAAAGAGACUCAAGGGCUUGUGUUUCCAUCUUCCAAAAUCCGAGCUUUCUUGCCCGAGCUACACCCAGAAGAUGGCCAUCAAUACCACAGCCGUGAGUUAAAGGUCAAGCCGUGGGCUGGAACAGAUGGCAACGAAACCUUGCAUCCUCAUCAGUUUCCUUCAACAAACAUUGGCUCAGAGCAUCUUGCAGUCGGAAAUAUUGAUCAGUCUCCCGGCCAUGAAAGCCAAGACGGAAUUUUGCCAAAAAGGACCAUGGGAGAAUUUGAAAUGGCACUUUCACAUAGUCAUCAAAGCCCACAAAUAGAGAAUGAGACCGAAAUCCAAGAUAUUGGAGCUCAAUUUCCAUAUGAAGACAGAAGAUAUACCCCUUCUGAGCAUGUGAUUUACUCUCCAAUUCCUGUUUCGAAGAUCCGUCCCUUUUUUACAGUUCAGCCUUCGUCAAGUGGGCGCGAAAGCCAUUCCUCAGCAUCCAAGAUUGAGCCUGUUCAACAAGACCCCUAUGCCACAGAGGGAAAUUUACAGAGACAAAUGUCCGAUGGCGCGUCCGCGCGAACGCACUCUCUUGGCUCAACGCUGGAUUACAAGCGCACUGCUCAAUGGCUACGUGAAAUCCUCAAGUAUCCCGAAACUUAUACUUCCAAGUUCACAGAGCUGCCACCAAAAAUUCAAUCCAAAAGAUCCUCGUCAGCAGAGCAACGAAGGCAGUCUGAUACAGCGUUACCCAGCAAUCACCACUCCCGCCGUAUGACGGGUCUUUCCUCGCAUUCUAGAAGAUCUGAACCGAGGAUCGAUCCAUUGAUAUUUCAACGCGCGGUCAAUGACCUCGAAAAGCUAAUGAAUGAAGCUAUCGCAUUGGCUUCAGAAGUGGUGCAGAGUGCUGACAGUCCUUCUUGCCCUAAACCCCACCGGGCAUCCAUCACUCUCCAUUCUCGCUGUCAUAGUGUCCCCGGUGGCCAAGAUGGAGCUUCUCAAGAUAAUGGCACAUCAGACUGUACUCAUGAGAGCCCCGGUAGGCUUGAGGAUGUGGAUAUCCACGACGACAGCCAGUUGAAGAGACCAUUAUACCAACAUGCAGCCUCCUACACAGGCGCUCCCGAACGUCCGCGGUUAAAUGAAAUCCUGCAAAACUACUCCAAUACAGGUGAAAAUGCAACUGCUACGAAUUUUCCGAUUCAGGAAGCGGCACCGCCUCAGGCCGUAGCCGAAGCAUCAUUGGCUGUACCAGGAAGAAGAUCCAGCAGCAAAGGAAUUGGCUUUGCUUCACAAGGUCCUCGCAAGGCUUCAGACAGGACACAAAAACUCAAUCGUAAAAGGCAGUACGAUGAUUUGGCAAAAGGGGCGAAGGGUGCUACCGUAAAAAGCCAAUCCCGUCAAGUCAAGUCGAAACCAAGAGGUUCGCAUGCACGCCAUGCUUCGCACGAGUCCGGAGAGGACGAUCCUUCAGGGCGCGAGGCUGCUGGUCGUCGACCGCAUGCCGAUCACGGAAUCAGCCUUCGGCGCCGAUCUCAUGUCAGUUUACGGGGUGCCCAAGGAUUCAGCUUAGCCAAGUCAGCCAAACGGCAACCCACAGCCAGAGAUUGUCUCAUGCCACAGUCCAUGGAAACACGGGCUGCUUUCUAG